AUGUACGGUCCCACUACUUGGACUUUUGUAGCGCAACUGCUCAUCUCUGGCAGCCACGCGCAGAACAGCUCUGCGGCUACAUGCGAUGACGUCAAAUCCUUUGCUCGCCCCUGGAAUUCUUCGACAACGCGAGAAAUUCAGGCUCUGAAAGUCCAACUCGGUCAGGGCGAAGCCUACACUCUCUCGAACGAUUCUGCGAAGAAAUGGGAGCUCUCACUUCGCGUCCAGCCACAACUCUGGGCCAACGGCACUCCCACGCCGGAAGACCCUGGAUACCUGCAGACUCUUUUCCUAGACACCAAAGACUCCAACAUGACCAACAUUGGCUCCUGUCAUCAGACUAUACAAGUGUCUGCCGGUCUUCAAGGAUACCUCUUGCCAAAAUCUACCCUUGAGCGCAGCGUCGGCGACAACAAAGACUGUAGUGAGAUGCUUACGAACAAAUGCGUGCAAGCCUUGAAGAGUCGAGCACUCGAUGAGGCCCUCAAUUUUGGAGUCGAGACAUGUGCUAAUGCGACGGCAGAAAUGAACCUCACCUUUUUGGACUCAGCGGAGAGUGGUAGGGGUAUUCCCAACUCACGCUUCAGUCCAGACACCGAGUGCAGCUCUGUCAAUGCCUCGAGCACGCACAUUUUGACUGGGACUGACCGCAGCUUGUACUACGACCAAGCUGUCCGUAUGCCGCUCAUCGAUGUUGUGACAUUCUGGCCAAACCGAUCCAGCGGGCCACGGCCCGGUUACAGCUCAGACGAUGUGCGUUUUGAGGUCUUCUGCUUGCGACCCGACGACGAUAUCGAAGAUGGAAGCGCUGUACCUAUGGGCGCAGCUGAUCUUUUGAGAGAGAAGGAUGCAAAAUUCCCCAUAGGCAGUGGUGCUGUCGCGUUGAAACAAGGAGUGUUGGGCUGGAUGGGUGUGGCUGUAAUGGGCAUCAUGCUUGUAUUGUAA